CCGAAACCCAAGAUGGCUCCUGUGAAUGUCUCGGUCCCAUAGCAAAUUGAGGAUGCAAGUAGCUGCCGAAAAAACAACUUUUCCCCGACCGUCGCAUCCCCUGGAGUUCAAUUCGUAUGGUGCGGAGGAGGCCCGGACACCCGUCUAGGCACUGAGCAGCCGUCGGAGCUCCGCGAAACCUUCUUCAAUCCACCAAUUUGGAGUAGUUUUCGCGAAGUAGCUCUUCUCCUCGCUGUCGCUGUCUGUCCGGAGCGGAGGGUUCAGACAGGCAAGGCGAGCUCAUCCAAAUGGCCGAACCGAGAAAAGUGCAAUUUGUCACCCUCUCGGCCUUCGCAGCUGGAGCCGCCGCGGAGUCCAGGAAACGCCGGCUGGAGGAUGAGGCCGAGUUCAACUUCGGCAGAGCCGGGGAGGUCGAGGCAGCGACCGGGGCAGGAGGAGCUGCCAGCAACGAUCGUCUCGGUAAAACCGGCGACGGGGACAAGGCUGGAGCCGAGAAGAGGGCGACGGUGCGGCUCAACCUGUCUCUCUCCGAGCCCGACGACCGCUCCUCCGUCGAGUUUAAUUACGGCGAACUCAUCCACAACCUCCAGGCAAAGAAUAAACCACCAAGUCAGACUUCAGCCCACAAUCCCAACGACCCCUUCAACGAUGACGAGAGAGAGCGGGUCCAGGUUGAGGCCAUGGCUAAAAAGUUUGAAAAUAAAUAUGGUAACACAGGGAAGAAGAAGAAGAAGGACAGAAUGCAAGAUUUGAUCGAUAUAGGUUUCGGCUACGAUGAGACAGACCCCUUUAUUGACAACUCAGAAGCUUAUGAUGAGCUGGUCCCUGCAUCUUUGACCACAAAGCUGGGGGGAUUUUACAUCAACACUGGCACGCUGCAGUUCAGAGCGGCCUCCGACUCCGAGGGAGAGGGGGACAAGAAGCCGAAUAACGACAAGGAGCAGGUGAUUAAGAAGAGGAAAAAGAAGGAAGCGAACAAUCUGGAGGAGAAGAACCCGAAGAAGAACAGAGUACCUAAACAAGGAGUGACGGCAAUCAGCCUCCACCGGCCGGAGAAGAAGAAGAGGAAGAAGCUGAUGAAAGACUCGCUGUACCUGGCGGCCAUGCUCCGCCGCUUCACCCGGGAGAAGGAGGAGAUGAGGAAAAGAAACCCAAACAUGGCUCACUCUGGCCUGGCAGGAGGUGUGGCUAAUAAGCCCCACUCCACCAACUCAACGAACCACCUGUUAGCCUCUAACUCCACCCAUCCGCAGGGCAACACAGCCAGCAACGACCUCUCACUGGCAGACCUCACCUCGGACCCCGCUGUGAUGUCACUGCUGGGCUCGGCCAAUGAGAAGGAGCUGCAGGAUCUCUUAAGCGACCUGGACUUCAGCUUGUUAGACUCUGACCAGCAGCAUGCAAUGGUGGCGGCCAGGGAGAAUGGCAUUCUGGGAGUCGGUGUUCCGACUAUUAAAGCAGCAGCCGCCGGAGGAGGUGGUGGCCAAGGGCGAGGCCUUGGGUCUUCCAGUGGACUGUUUUCUCCUCCCCCGCUGCCUGACGGACUGCCUGCUCCUCUUACUAAACGCAUCGAGGACCUGUGGGCGGCCUCGCGGCAGUUUGAUCAAGAGGGCAGGAAGAAAUUUUUCACCUUGGACAUGAAUAACAUUCUGUUGGAUAUUGAGCUGCAGGUUCAGGAGCAGCCCCCUGGGGUGCGUUCGGAAAUCUACUCGCACAUGGAGGCAUUCGUGCCAUGCAACAAAGAAGCCCUCCUCAAACGCCUGAAGAAGCUCAGUCUCAACAUCCAGGACGAUCGACUACGGACGCCGCUGUUGAAGCUGAAGCUGGCAGUGUGCAGUGUGAUGCCAGAGCAGAUUGCCAGAUACAACAUGGACUGCAUGGCCAAGGUUGCAAAGCAGCAGUCAGAAGAGGGUGAUAAGAAUGGCUCAGAGGAGGAAGAUGAGGAGAAGCCUGGGAAAAGGGUCAUGGGUCCGCGGAAGAAGUUUGUCUGGGAUGACAAGCUCAGGAACCUGCUGUGCAUCUUGGUGCGAGUGAAGCUGAGCUGCUAUGAGAUGGAGAACCAGUGCUCUCUGUCUGUGGAGGACUACCUCAAGGCCUUCUUAGAGAAUGAGGUCAAACCACUAUGGCCCAAGGGCUGGAUGCAGGCCAGGAUUCUACUGAAGGAGAGUCUUUCCGUUCACAGUCACCUCACUGGAAACCUAGUCAAGAGGAGAAUGAUGCCUGGACCCAAGGCCAAAGCCAAGGAGGGUCUAUGGAUCCACAAACCACCUCUCACCAUGACCUCCACUCAAUCUCUGCCCACUUCCACAUCCGCUCUGACCUCCAACCGCCAGCUCGUCUCCUCCUCCUCUCCCUCGGAGCCCAUCUGUCUGUCGGACUCUCUGGACGAGGACCUGACUGCUCCAUCUCUGGACUCAAUCUCCCACGCUCUGGCCCUCCUCAGCAAUGCAUCCAAGGGCCUGGGCCCCUCAGACAGCCCCUUGUCGCCCCCACCUCUACAAAUCCCCACCUCCUCUCCUCCCCCCGUUGCCCCUCACUACCCCUCGGCCUCUCAGCUCUCUGCCUCAGUUGCAUCCACGACGCAGCAACAUUCCCUGUCAAAGCUGGAAACUGCUCAGUUAGUGGCUGCGUCUGCUGGGAACUUGUCGACAACAACAACGCUGCCAACCUCCUCUUCUACCUCCUCUUCCUCGUCUCCUGUUGUCGCCUCCAUGGCUCGUGUGCAGGCAGCGGGCCUGUCGCUGGCGUCCAGGACUGCAAAUGGUCCCUACGGCCUGAUCAAAGGAUCUGGCACCAUGGGCCAAACCCAGACUCAGAGACUAGUUACCAUGGCAUCACCCAAUCACAGGCCAAGCUCGGUGAUAGGCGUGAGUGGCAAGAUGCAUCCACACCCUUCCCCAUCGCCUCCGAAGCAGCGGCCUCCUCCCACGGCUUCCCCUCUGCUGCCCCCCCAUCAGAAGGGCUUUGUUAGCUUGGUGGGGAUGCUGGGAACUAUGGGAGCCCCUGAAGGACUGAUCAAGAGCAGUGCCAAAGUUGGUGGCAUCAGCACCAACGGCAGCUCGGUGAGCAGCAGCAUUACACCUUCUUCCUCCCCUUCCUCACAGUCCCGCUCCAACUCCACCGCCCACCCUGGCCUGCAGUCCUUCUGCCCUCCCUCCCCGGUGGCCUCUUCGCCGUCCCCCACCUCCCAUACCUCACACUCCUCUCAAGUUAAAUCCCACACACACCACCACCAGCCCAACUUCAUCACCCCAAUGCAGGCCACCCUCACCAAGUCCUCCCACAGCAGCAACUCCUCUCCCAUCAUCAAGCUCACUCCACGGCCUCCUGCGCCCACCCCGCCUCCCUCCUCCUCUCCCAUCAUCAAGCUCACUCCGCGGCCUCCUGCGCCUACCCCGCCUCCCUCCUCCUCCCCCUCCCCGUCGUCCUCACCCUCGCACCCGCUCUCCCAUCAGAUGAUCUCCAGCCAACAGCAACAACAUCAAUAUACCCCCAAAACCCCCAAAACCUUUCGGCCCCCCUUCAGCGUAUCGGGCGGCGGGCAGGUAAAGCAGACCCAGGGAAGCUACAGCUUCGCGGGAGGCCAGAAAGCUCAGUCCACCCUGAGCAACAGUAGCAUCAACAACUCCAUCAACAACAAGGGAGUGGCAUCAGUUGUCUGCAGUCACCCAGACAAAACUCCUUCGUCUUCUGCGCCUUCAAUCUCAGCCAAUCACGGGCAGAGGCAGAGGAUGGUGGGCGGGGCUAACCAGAGCUCAAAGGCAGGAAACGGUUGGGCGGCCUCAGGAACUUUGGCCACGUCCUCCACAACGCCACACCUCUCACAGGUAUCCACAGCAGGCACUUCCCUCCUGGGAAACCCCUCCGCUCUGCCCCUGGGCUUUGGGAUGUUGGGAGGCCUGGUACCCGUCUCGCUGCCCUUCCAGUUCCCCCCGUUGCUCAAUUUCAGCCCUCCCGGAGCCCCAGGGGCCGCUGGCAUGGGCUCUGCCCCCAGCUCCAACUCAGGAUAUCCCCUAGCACAGAGCGACCUAAUGGAUCUGUAUAAGAGUCUCCAGUCAGGGUCGCAGGCUGCCCUACCUCCUCACUUGCAGCUUGCUUUCUCAGAUGCGAACCAAAGCCAGGGUGGAGACAUGAAGAGGAAAUCCCACUGACCAAUACCUGCAAGGUGACGUCACAACCUCCUGGACACAUCCACCAAUAGGAAUCUUCACUUUGAUUGACUGACACAGUGAUGUGGUAUGAGGGGGCGGGGCUCCACUGCCUCUUUUCAAAAUGGACCUAUAGGAGAAUCAGUUUAUCCUCGCUACAAGUGGCAAUGAUGAAUUAAUUUAACUGUAUUUUCUAACGAACCGGGUAUGAGAACAAGACGGAGUGAAUGACGAGAAAACUUAUUUUUUGUUCCGCUUAUUUUUAUUUUUGUCAACAUGUUUACAUAUGACCGACCUUGAUCACUGUGGAAUGAGUGUGAGCGAGGUGGUGGUACAGACGAGAGUAGUUGUACGCUACGUAAUAUAAUUUGUAUUUAAGCUUAUGUGGAAUAACAGGACUCUUGUUCUUGCAGUACAAAAAGAAAAAAAAAGAAAAACAGACUGAGUAAUUUUUAUUUUUCUGUCUUUUGUCUCAAAUGUGGGAAUCGUCGUGUCCGUAGAAAUUUAAUUGUUGGUCACCUCUGCUCCCACAAAUGACUGUUAAGUAGUAGCUUAAAUUAAUAUUGAUAAAUUAUUUGUAAUUUACACAGGGACAAAAACAUGUUAGUGAGUGUGAGUGUGAGUGAGAGAGUGAGAGACAGAGAGAGAGAGAGAGAGAGUGAGAUGUAUGUACAUAAAAAAACACAAUAUACUGUUAAUUUCUUUCCAGAUUAUUCUGUGUGAAUGGAUAAGGACGUGUAUCCCCUUUUCACAAUAAUGACCGAGUGUAAGUUUGAUGCCCCUCUCUUGCUCAGUGUGUUUUUGGUGCUGUUUAAUCACACUGGACCUUUUCUGGAAAAAAGACUUGAAUUGAAAAAGUUUUGGGCUCCUCUUCUGGAGAGAUGAGCCGCCUGUGAGAGAGGGGAGAAACGUCAAGAUUGUAGCCUACUUGAAUUCUGUUUUCUCUCUUUUUUUUGUGAGUUAAGAUUUUUUAUUUACUUUCUCUGCUUAUUGACUCAAACCAACUUAAUAUAACACAACGCCUUAGUUUAUAUCGAAAAGUAUGAAAAAGAUCUAUGCAGGACUGUAAAACGCUCAAUGCAAAAGUGCAAGUCGUCGCUUGGCUUUCAACCUCUACUCAACUUGUCAGUACAUUUCUGGAGUUGUGAAUGUUUGUAGAUGUUAUUAUGUCACCUGAGACUCCUUCUUUUCCCGCUGUGUGUUCAGACAGAACGUAAAACAAAUUUUUAGAAGCAGGGCAUUUGUAUACAAAGAAUGAAAAGACGAGAUCACCGGACCGAGUUCGAAUGGCGGCGAGUUGAAAAUGUUGAACUUGAAGGAAAGAGUUGUGCUUACUCUGCAUUCAGGCCAAAUGAAACCGUUACAGCAGCAGAGUGAAGAAAAACAUUUACGUCAGAUAUAUCAGGAAUUUCAUACCUCAAAUCAGAUCCAAUAUUAACACUAACACAGUCCAUUCAGCUCAUUUAAAAGGAGUUACACACUGUAAUUAGUUUCACUUGGUAAUGAACCGCUACAAACACACAACACAACAAAAACAAGCUCACUGAGGUUGUUUAUCUGUUGUGACUCCAGGUAGCUCUGGUCAGGUAAUCCGUUUGUUUCAGGAAGUUACUCAGUUCGUUCCUUUGAACGAACGGUUGGCGAACGACACAACGCUAGCUCCAAGGUUAGUGGGGAACACCAUCUUGGAAUAAUGCGUAAACACUCCCAAGUUCAAGUCGGAAUAACGGGUGUUUUUUUUCUGUUCUUCCCAUUUUAUGAAUCUACGUCAUAAACGUACAGAGGGGAGAAGAAUAAGGAGACUAGAAGUAAAGAAGAGUUUCUGGUGAGUUCAGAAGCUGAGCUGAACACACACACACACACAGACGGGUCGGCGUGUUUGUGUUCAACAACCGUGUCUUGGUGCGUCCAUUGCUAGCUAGCUUACAGCUAACGUCUGUGUAGUCGGUACAUUGACUGUUCGGGGCAAAAAAAUUCCCUUCGCUGUCUGUCUGAACACACUUUUAGAGAAACCUUCCCUCUGCUGAAUACCUCCGUUAACAAAACCGUUCUUCCUGAGUCUCUGGCUGUCCUCCCCCCAACUUGUUCCCCGACCUCCUCCAUGUGUGUCUGACCGACCAGCUGCACCGAGAUUGGCGCCAAAGAUUGUUCUGUAGCUCAUUUAUAUUAGAUGGGGUGUUGCUGGUCUGUGUCUGUCUGUGGGAGUGUGUGUGUGUGUGAUUAUGCUGACAUUUUCCCUUAAAAUGUAAACCCAGAGUGUCAACGUGUGGUUGUUCAGGAUGUCAUUGUGAAGUCAUGUGACUGGAGCAGUGGGUGACAUCUUAUAAAUUGUGCUUUCUUUGGGGGUGGGGGAGGAUAAAAAUGACAUUUCGUGGUUAGCUGGUUACUUAAUUUGGUCUUUUGUAGAUUAUUUUUGUGUGUCAAUUAUGAAAAUUAAACAAAACAGGUGGUUUUCA